CUCUAUACGGAGUCGUUAUCUAGGCCGACCUACCGCGCAAAGCACACCCCGUCGCCCUACGACUCCUGUCGCAAAGCCAAUGAAUCCGGCAAAUCGGGAGAGCUGGCCGUCGUCGCAGGCCCAGGGAGGUGCGAAUGGGCCCCAGAACAAUGACCAGACGCAAGGUCAGGCGCCGCGUCAAAUAGGUGGUUUUGGCGCAAAUGCUCCUACCCAGCAGGCGCCACAGCAAGCUCCCGCUCAGGGCAACGGUCCUCCUGUUCUGCCUCCUCCACCAGCUGCGCCGUUCUUCUCCCCUAACCAGUCUUCUGGCCAUAACUUGCCUGGAAUAGCUGGUUUGAAUCAGUCCUCUCAGGCGUCGCCUGCGCAAGCCACGCAGAGGGCCCCACCAACAUCCCAGGAAUCGGCACCUGGCCCACAGUCGCAUCAGACGGCGGGGCAUGGCGCUGGAUAUUCACUGCCGGGCAUUGGUCAGGCCAUGCAGGCGCAACAAAUGGGUCAGAACCAGCAAAGUGGUGACAACCGCGACCGCGAGGAUAGACAUGCCGAAGAGCUUGCCCUGCAAGCCGAACAACGCGAGCGCGAGAUGAGAGAUCGGCAACAACAUGAACAGGCGCCUCAUGAGAACCAUGCAGGCACCAUACAUUUGCACCAGCCGGUUGCUGUGGGUCCGCAAGUGCGGGCUAUGCAUGGGCCGAACGGUAUCCUAGGCAAUGCUCAGCAAAUAGGACCUAAUUCUCUAUCAAACUCUCUUGCCGCACCAAAUGGCCCGGCGAGUAUCUUCGCGCAAGGCCCAAGCCAACAGCAGGGCGAAAGUGGGGCGCGCAUGCAGCACGUACAGGGUCCACAGGGCGGCCUGAUGGUGCCGUUUGGUGGUCCUGGGAUGCAGCCAUCUUUGGCGAUGGGACAAGGACAACAGCCUAUACUUAACGACGCGUUAAGCUAUUUGGACCAAGUCAAAGUCCAAUUUCACGAGCAUCCGGACGUGUAUAACAAGUUUCUGGAUAUCAUGAAAGAUUUCAAAAGUGGAGCCAUUGACACACCCGGCGUUAUCGAGAGAGUCUCCACGUUAUUUGCAGGACACCCCAACCUCAUCCAGGGCUUUAACACAUUCCUUCCUCCCGGCUACAAGAUCGAGUGCGGUACCGGUGGUGACCCUAAUGCUAUCCGGGUUACCACGCCAAUGGGAACGACUGUGUCUUCGAUGCCGGUCCCCCGCCCGUUGUCCAAUCCCCGCAGCGUACCUGUGAAUGGUGAAGCCGCAGGCGCUGCUGAAAGGCCGUUUUACGAAGCCGCAUCUAGAGGACCGGGCGCCAACUGGCCUCAACAGCAACAACAGCAACAGCAACAACAGUCUGGAACUGCCGCUCCGGAAGGUGUGUUUAGCCCUAGCCGACCUGUGGGUCAACCUCAUUUCCCGCCUCAGCAAAGCCAAAGCAACCAGGGCCCGAUAUCCCCGGAGAUGCAAGCCAGAGAGCAACAGGCUGCCAUGACAGCCGCCGCUCUCGCCCAUCAACAAGAGCAGAGAGGUGUGUCGCAACUGAGCAAUGCCGUUUCAGCUGCUACGGGAGGUAUUCUCAACAGACCUGACCUUAUUUCGCCACCAGGUGGAGCACCGAAUCAGCUGCCAGGCCAAGGUAUGAACGGCAUCGGUCAUAUGGGCCAGCAAGGCGGCGCGAAUGGCGGCUUGGACAAGAGAGGUCCAGUCGAGUUCAAUCACGCGAUAAGCUACGUGAACAAGAUCAAGAACCGAUUCGCGACUCAACCCGACAUCUACAAACAAUUCCUUGAGAUCCUGCAGACCUACCAACGGGAGUCAAAACCAAUCCAGGACGUCUACGCGCAGGUCACGCAGCUGUUCAACUCUGCACCUGACCUUCUCGAAGACUUCAAACAAUUCCUUCCCGAGUCGGCUGCUCAACACCGUGCCGCUCAAGUCGCGCGUCAAGCCGCCGCUGAAGAACAAUACAUGUUCAGUAAUCUUCGAGGCGAACAACCCGCAGGAACCCCUCAGAUGCAUCAAACACCUCGUAACGAGCAAGGCUCAGGCCGGUUGCCACCGGUGGGCAACUUCGCUCCCACACCGAGCGCGAACCGCGAUAACAAGAGGAAGCGUGGUGAGAGACAAGGUACCGUGACUGGUGCUAACGCCAUGCCAACUUCUAUUCCGGUAGAGACUUCGGCUGUAAGAACUGGCUUCGCACAUGGCCCAGGCGGCAGCAAACGUGCGAAGCAACAGCACGGCGGAAAGACGGUGGUUGCAGAUGCACCUGCUGUUUCACCAACUCUCACUCCCGCUUUGCCGGAACCUUUACCACCAACAACCUCACUUGCUGCUACUCAGGAUGAGCUUGCAUUCUUCGACCGUGUGAAGAAAUUCAUCGGUAACAAGAACACCAUGAACGAGUUCCUCAAGCUGUGUAACCUCUUCUCCCAAGACCUGAUCGACAAGAACUUGCUCCUACACCGCGCUCAGAGCUUCAUCGGCGGUAACCCCGAGUUGUACAACUGGUUCAGGAAAUUCCUUGGUUACGACGGCAAGGACGAGCCAAUGGAAAACCAGCCCAAGCCGCCUAGUGGCCGGGUUGCCUUGGCGAAUUGCCGUGGUCUGGGUCCUAGCUACCGUCAACUCCCCCGCGCAGAAAAGAUGCGCCCUUGUAGUGGUCGCGAUGAGCUAUGUCACUCUGUCCUCAACGACGAGUGGGCAUCUCAUCCUACCUGGGCUUCGGAAGACAGUGGCUUCGUCGCUCACCGUAAGAACCAGUAUGAAGAGGGCCUUCAUCGCAUCGAGGAAGAACGUCACGACUAUGACCACACAAUCGAGGCUUGCAUCCGCACCAUUCAACAGCUUGAGCCAAUCGCGCAACAGCUCCUCAACGCCACGGCUGACGAGAGGCUCGCUUUCAGUUUGCCUCCCAAUCUAGGUGGACAGAGUGAAACGAUCUACAAGCGUGUCAUCUAUAAGAUCUACAACCGUGACCGCGGAAACCAGGUCAUCGAGCAGCUCUUCCAGCACCCAUACAAUGUCAUUCCAGUCUUGCUGAAUAGGAUGAAGCAAAAGCUGGAGGAGUGGAAGGCGGCCCAGCGCGAGUGGGAGAAGGUCUGGCGCGAGCAGACGCAGAGGAUUUUCUGGAAAUCAUUGGAUCACCAGAGCGCGAGCGCAAAGGCUGCUGACAAGCGUCAAUUCCAGGCAAAGACGUUGCAGAAUGAGAUCCAAGUCAAGUUCGAGGAGCAGAAGCGCCAACGCGACGUCCAAGGUCUCUCUGUCCCUCGAUAUCAAUUCGAAUACAGCUUCGGCGACGAAAACGUCCUCCUAGAUGCCUCUAGACUCCUCCUCGCGCAUGCUGAACACAGCAACUCGGCCGACUCUCACCGUCUGUACGGCUUCAUCAAGGAAUUUGUCCCUCUCUUCUUUGGCCUCGACAACAGCAAAUUCGAGCAGGGCAUCGGCUCUCCUCAGUCCGAGUUCACCGACGAUGAGAUGCAGGGCAUGGACGACUCGUCACACAAGGGCUACAAGGUCAACGGCAAGAAGAGCAAUCUGCUUCGUGGUGUCCUUGACCCCGGUCGCAAUGGACGUGGAUCGAGGAAAGAUGCCGAUGAAAGCGUUGCAUCUGUCAGUCGUGGCAGUACUCCCGAGGCUGCAUCAGCAGCUGACGAGGAGAUGGUCGAAGAGGCUGAGAUACCUCCUGUCACCACUGCGGCUGGCAGUGCUGACAGAUGGCUUGAGCAUCCCAGUGGUGGCAACGUGAUUGAGAUCCAACAGGACGUCUCACCGGACACGCCUUACAAGCGGGACGAGUACAACAUGUAUUGCAAUUUGCCGAUAUAUUGUUUCUUCCGCAUGUUUGUCAUUCUGUACGAGCGUCUCUAUAACCUCAAGCAGAACGAGGAACAGGUCCAUCAGCUUGUCGAGCGCGCCCAGAAGAGCAAGCCAGCACUGGAUCUCAACCUUAUCGACAAACGCCCCGAGGACUUCUUCCGCGAUAACUCGCCCACGGCAAACUACUAUCAACAAGUUCUCGACUUGUUCAUGGAGCAAAUCAAGGGCGACCUUGAGAUGCCGCAGAUCGAGGAAACCCUCCGUCGCUACUACUUGCAGAGCGGUUGGCAGUUGUAUUCGUUCGACAAACUCCUCAGCUCGCUGGUAAGGUUCGCUCUCGGCAUGCUUGCCAGUGACACCAAGGACAAGACCUGGGACAUCUAUCAACUCUUCCGCAAGGACCGCUCUCAAGAGGAAACCACUCACGACAACGAGCUCAACUACCGUCGCACGGUCGAGAAGUACUCCAAGGAUGGCGAUGUCUAUCGCAUCUCUUUCGAUCAAAACCGCAUGACGGCCCGCAUAAUGAUCUUCAAGAAGGACGAGCCGACGUUCGACUUGCACACACAGAGCCUCGAGUCGCACUGGCGUGCCUACCUCUCCUCGUUUACCCGGCUAGCGCCCACCGAAGGCAUCGACCAUUCGCGCGUCAAGAAGGUCCUCCUCAGACGCGACGCGCCCGACGAAGACACGGAAGCCAACAUCGCGCUGUCGAUGCAAAAGUCGACGGAAUCGCAGAUCAUCCGGGUCAGCCUGGAGAAGCUGCGACCGGUGUUCCAACCGGAGACAUGCGAGUGGCUGGUGCAGGGCGAGAGGGUACGGAGCGGGGGCAAAGAGGGCCAGCUCGCAGCGGAGAAGGAGCGCGAGGAGCGCGACGCCCGCGCCAAGGAAAAGUGCGUCAUGAACAACGGGUGGAUGAAGGACCUGAGCAAGGACGUGGUGGAUGCGCGCAAGCAGGAAUUUUCGAGACUGAUGAAAGAUGGUGGUGGUGGCGAGGAGAGCAAAGAGAACGCCGCCGCUGCCGCUGCUACUGCUGCUACUGAUGAUGACGAGGCGAAGGAGGCGGAGGAUGCGGAGAUGACGGGCUGAAAUGAUGGCAUGCCAGGUUUUGAAGAUUGAAUGCAGAGGCGAUGAUUCUGAUCCUCGCCGCGAAUGAACGACCUCUGGUGGUGGUGGUGGUGGUGUAAGUGGUACGGACAUGGUUAUGGACAUGGUCUUGGAACAUGGAACAUCGAACAUGGUUAUAGGACUGACAGACGCGACGGGAAGAGAGGCUAGCUAGGUAGCUAGGCAG